AAGAACAAGAAGAAAAUGAUGUUGUCCUCCCCUAACAGGCGAGGUGGCGCUUUCUUUCUCGUCGGCCAUCAUCAUACAAGAAGGUAUGCACGUGGGUUUAAGAUGGGUAUCUCUGUAAAGGACGUUAACCAGCAUGACUUUACCAAGGCUCUUGCUGCCUUCUUGAAGAAGUCAGGAAAACUGAAGGUGCCUGAAUGGGCUGAUAUAGUCAAACUGGGUAGAUUUAACGAGCUUGCGCCAUAUGAUGAGGACUGGUACUAUACCAGAGCUGCCUCAGUUGCUCGACACUUGUACAUACGCUGUCCAGCUGGUGUUGGAGCAUUCACAAAAAUCUACGGCUCAAAGCAGAGGAAUGGCACAACUCCAAGCCACAAUUGCCGGGGUUCACGGUCAGUUGCUCGCAAAAUCCUUCAGUCCUUAGAAGGUCUGAAGAUGGUAGAAAAGGACCCCAACACAGGAGGACGACGUCUGACACCACAAGGACGUCGUGAUCUGGAUCGUAUUGCAUCUCAGAUCGGGUCUCGUGCCGCCACAAGCAAAAAACCUGUCGCUGUUUGAAACUGGACAUUAAGUGACUACAAAUAAAGCCUGCUAAAUGAA